AUGAUCAUCACCCCCCAAUCGAACAUUCGGGCUCUGGUCUUCGAGGCCCUUCCCAGCGCGCCGAAAGAAAUUCUGGAGCAAGCUCUCCAGAAGGUCUGGGUCACCCACCCUUCGGCCAGGUCAUUGAUCAAGUCUUAUUUUCUGGUGACCGAGAGCGAAGUUGCCAUUAACAAUGUCGCAUGGGAACUGGUGUCCGCCAGCGACGAAGCGAGUGGACUAGACAACGACAAAGAGGUGGGUACAACUGAUAGCGCCAAACAAACCAAUGGAGACCAGCUUCGUCCGCGCUUCGCCUUGUGUGUGAACUGCGAGCGAGACUUUGACGUCACUAGAAACACCAGCACUAGCUGCAAGUACCACCCCGCUGGCCCGACCCUAGCUUGUUUCUCCUGCGAACGCCGUAAGAUUUCGGGGCUCGUAGUCCCCCCAAGCUCUCGAGAUACGCAUGUCGACAUCUACUACCGAUGCUGUGACAGCCAUGCGGGCGCUGCCCCUUGUGAGGAAAACUGGCACAUGGAGCCGAACCCUCUGGACGUGCUCGUUGAGGCCGAGGUGUGGAAAAAGAAUGCGGCCCUAGAAAAUCCCGCUCUCCCCUUGCCAAUCUCGUCACCGUCUACCAUUCCUUUCUUCUUCUGCGCUAUCUGGGUGCGGGACUAUUAG